AUGUCCCAGUUGCAGGACUGCGAAUGUGAGAGCCAUCAUGCUGGCCUGCCCGAGCCUCGGGCCUCGGGGCCAAGCACCAGGCUGGAGUGGGUGGAGAUCAUCGAGCCGCGCACCCGCGAGCGCAUGUACGCCAACCUGGUGACUGGUGAGUGCGUGUGGGACCCCCCCGCGGGCGUCCGCAUCAAGCGCACCAGCGAGAACCAGUGGUGGGAGCUCUUCGACCCCAACACGUCGCGCUUCUACUACUACAGCGCCACCACGCAGCGCACCGUGUGGCACCGGCCGCAGGGCUGUGACAUCAUCCCCCUGGCCAAGCUGCAGACACUGAAGCAGAAUACAGAGUCCCCUCGCGCCUCUGCCGACAACAGCCCCGGGCGUGGCAGCAGCCUCAGCCGAGAGGGCAGCACCAGCUCCUCCCUGGACCCCGAGCUGGACCCUGGGGAGAAGGCACAGGAGCCGCUGGGGAGGAGCAGGCAGAUGGCAUUUGGGGCUGCAAAGGAGGAAAGUGGCAGCUCUUCCCCACCAGGAGUGUUUCCUGAGAAGGACUACGAGGUUUACCGGGAUUACAGUGCAGACGGCCAGCUUCUUCACUACAGGACCUCCUCCCUCCGGUGGAACUCUGGCACCAAGGAGCGCAUGCUCAUCAAAGUUGCUGACCGGGAGCCCAGCUUCCUCUCCCCACAGGGCAACGGGUACCCCCUGGACAGCCAGCCUGGGGGCCGCUCCCGCAGACCCUCGGGUGGGCAGCACUCACCCAGCCUGCAGACCUUUGCCCCGGACACGGACAGCUCAGUCUUCUUCCCGGAGCGGAGGCCAUCGCCCUUCCUGAAGAGGUCCGAGCUGGGGAGCUGCUCCCCCCUGCUGACCCAGCCCCGCAAGCCGGCCUGCGACUCACAGCCCUCUUCCCCGCGCUAUGCCUACGAGCCCCCCCUAUACGAAGAGCCCCCCAUCGAGUUUCAGGCCCCCAUCUACGAUGAACCCCCCAUGGACGUGCAAUACGAGGCCGGCGGUGCCUGCCAGGGUGGCUCCCCCCAGCGCUCUCCGGGCCGGAAGCCCGUGCCCUUCCCGCAGUCGCCCAAGCAUGCCUCUGCCUCCCCCUUCCAGCAGCUGGUGCUCACCCGACAGAAGUGCCCAGAGCGCUUCCUGAGCCUGGAGUACAGCCCUGCGGGCAAGGAGUAUGUGCGGCAGCUGGUGUACGUGGAGCAGGCCGGCUCGAGCCCCAGGCUGCGGGCAGGCCCACGGCACAAGUACACGCCCAACCCUGGUGGGGGGUCCCUCUCACUACAGCCCAGCCCCUGCCUGCUGCGGGACCAGCGCCUGGGGGUCACAUCCGGGGACUACAGCAGCAUGGAGGGGCCUGAGGUGCGGCAUGUCCCUCCGCCCUCGCCGCUCCCCCAGGCCCAGGACGAUGCCAUGUCCUGGUCUAGCCAGCAGGACACCAUGUCCUCCACAGGCUACUCCCCAGGCACACGCAAGAGAAAGAGCAGGAACCCCUCUCUGUGCCAUGUCCCCAGUGCCUCGUCCACCGAUAGCCCUGGGGACCUCGACCUGCUCCCACAGUCUCUGGCUGAGGAGCGUCCCAAGUGUGGGCCCAGCCUGGCCCCGAAGCACAUGGAGGCCAAGACGGGCGACGCAGACGGGGCACGGGGGGGCGCUGAGCCCUUCCUGGCGCAGGCGAGGCUGGCCUGGGAGGCUCAGCAGGCCCACUUCCACAUGAAACAGAGGGGGAGCUGGGACUCCCAGCAGGAUGGCUCAGGCUACGAGAGCGACGGGGCCGUGCCACUGCCCAUGCCCGGGCCUGUGGUGCGCGCCUUCAGCGAGGACGAGGCCUUGGCCCAGCAGGAGAGCAGCCGGCACUGGCAGAGGGGCGCCUUGGAGAGGCUGGCCUUCCCCCAGAUCUUGCUCGAGAAAAGCGUCUCUGUGCAGACCAACCUGGCCUCCCCUGAACCCUACCUCCACCCCUCACAGUCUGAGGACCUCGGCUCCUGUGCCCAGUUUGAGAGCGGCCGACAGCCCCGGAGUGUGAUGCCCAGUGCUAGCUGCGUGUUCCCCACAUUCACUCUGCGCAAGCCGUCCUCAGAGACCGACAUCGAGAACUGGGCCUCUAAACACUUCAACAAGCACACGCAGGGCCUCUUCCGGCGGAAAGUAUCCAUCGCCAACAUGCUGGCCUGGAGCAGCGAGUCCAUCAAGAAGCCCAUGAUCGUGACCAGCGACCGCCACGUGAAGAAGGAGGCGUGCGAGAUCUUCAAGCUGAUCCAGAUGUACAUGGGUGACCGGCGCGCCAAGGCGGACCCGCUGCAUGUGGCCCUGGAGAUCGCCACCAAGGGCUGGAGCAUGCAGGGCCUGCGGGAUGAGCUGUACAUCCAACUCUGCCGGCAGACCACAGAGAACUUCCGCCUGGAGAGCCUGGCCCGAGGCUGGGAGCUCAUGGCCAUCUGCCUGGCCUUUUUCCCACCCACACCCAAGUUCCACUCCUACUUGGAGGGCUACAUCUACCGGCACAUGGACCCCGUCAACGACACCAAAGUGACACAGCACAUGAAGCAGCUCCUGGACAGGAACUCUAAGAAGAAGUCCAAGUUGAGAAAGAAACCCAAGCCCUAUGUUGAGGAGCCAGAUGGGGUGGCGAUCAGCACAUAUGCCAAGUACUGCUACCACAAGCUGCAGAAGGCAGCCCUGACGGGGGCCAAGAAGGGACUGAAGAAACCCAAUGUGGAGGAGAUCCGGCAUGCCAAGAACGCGGUGUUCAGCCCGUCCAUGUUCGGCAGCGCCCUGCCGGAGAUCAUGAGCAUGCAGAAGGAGCGCUACCCAGAGCGGCAGCUGCCCUGGGUGCAGACCCGGCUGUCUGAGGAGGUGCUGGCGCUCAACGGUGACCAGACAGAAGGCAUCUUCAGAGUCCCCGGGGACAUUGAUGAAGUGAACGCCCUGAAGCUCCAGGUGGACCAAUGGAAGGUGCCUACAGGCCUGGAGGACCCCCAUGUCCCCGCAUCGCUGCUGAAGCUGUGGUACCGGGAGCUGGAGGAGCCCCUGAUCCCGCACGAGUUCUACGAGCAGUGCAUCGCUCAGUACGAGAGCCCGGAGGCUGCCGUGGCCGUGGUGCACUCGCUGCCCCGCAUCAACCGCCUGGUGCUGUGCUACCUCAUCCGCUUCCUCCAGGUGUUCGUGCAGCCUGCCAACGUGGCCAUCACCAAAAUGGAUGUAAGCAACCUGGCCAUGGUGAUGGCGCCCAACUGCCUGCGCUGCCGAUCCGACGACCCGCGCGUCAUCUUCGAGAACACGCGCAAGGAAAUGUCCUUCUUGCGCGUGCUCAUCCAGCACCUGGACACCAGCUUCAUGGAGGGCGUGCUAUAG